CUCAGCUCCCCGCAAAGUUUCACUUUCCAGUUCCCCGCAAGUCCCGCCCCGCUCCCGGCCUCGCCGGGCAGAGCCUCCCCCCCGUACCGCUCGUCACCGGCCCCCGACGCGGCGCCCCUCCCGCGGGAAGGGGAGGGAAAGGGGAAGAGAAGGAGAAGGGAAAGGCAGCCCGGCCCCCACCACUCACGGCCGCGCCCAGCGCCGCCGCUUUCGUUUUUCUUUCCCGGCUCUGCCCUCCUACUCUCUUCCCGGCUCUGCCCUCCCGCCCCUAAGCCCGGCCCCAAGCCCGGCCCAGGCCCUCAAGCCCGGCCCCAAGCCCGGCCCGGCCCCGCGCACGCGUGUCCCGCGGCGCUCCGGGGCACGGCCAUGGCCACGCUGGAGAGCCUGGGCCUGGUGGGCACCAUCGCCGAGGGGGACGCGGUGCCCGAGGAGCCCGAGUCUGACGACUCCGCGGAUGAGGAGGAGCUGUGCCGGGUGCCGGGCCCCAGGCGGCGGGGCCACAGGAGCGGGGACUUCAGCGCCGCGUUCGUGUUCGGGGAGGCGGAGGCCGGCGGGGAGGACGCCUGGGCGGCGGCGCUGCGGCAGCUCCGCGGCAAGAGAGCAGCUACGACGCUGGAUGAGAAGAUUGAGAAAGUGAGACAGAAAAGGAAGCUCCAGGAAAGGGAAGCUAAACAAACAAAAGCGAGAGAUGAAGAUGCGGAGGCUGAGGAUAAUCAAACCACAAAGAGGGAAUGUGAGGACUUCAGUAGGGAUGACGAAGAUGUGGAGUCUGAGUAUUCACUGGAUGAUGAAAGUAUCUUCACAAAAGCAGAUAAGGUCAAAGUGAAGGAACGGAGGAAAUCAAAAAAGGGACAAGUGGAAGCAGAGAGCUUUUUUGAAGAUGCAUCUCAAUAUGAUGAUAACUUGUCAUUCCAGGACAUGAAUCUUUCACGACCUUUGCUAAAGGCAAUCACAGCUCUCGGUUUCAAGCAACCAACUCCAAUUCAGAAGGCUUGUAUCCCAGUGGGUCUUCUGGGAAAGGAUAUUUGUGCCUGUGCUGCCACUGGGACAGGUAAAACAGCUGCCUUCAUCUUGCCUGUCCUUGAGCGCCUGAUUUACAAACCUCGUCAGGCUCCAAUAACACGUGUUUUGGUUCUUGUGCCAACACGAGAACUGGGUAUUCAGGUGCACUCUGUCACAAAACAGCUGGCACAGUUCAGCAGUGUCACAACUUGCCUUGCAGUAGGUGGCCUGGAUGUGAAGACUCAGGAAGCAGCUCUGCGCUCUGGGCCAGACAUUCUUAUUGCCACUCCUGGGCGACUGAUUGAUCAUCUCCACAACUGCCCUUCUUUCCACCUCAGCAGUGUUGAGGUGCUGAUUUUGGAUGAAGCAGACAGGAUGCUGGAUGAGUACUUUGAGGAACAGAUGAAGGAAAUAAUCAGGUUGUGCUCACACCACCGUCAGACAAUGCUUUUCUCUGCCACAAUGACAGAGGAGGUGAAAGAUUUGGCUUCUGUUUCCCUGAAAAAUCCCGUCCGAAUUUUUGUGAACAGCAACACGGAUGUUGCGCCUUUCCUGCGGCAGGAAUUCAUCCGGAUCAGACCCAACCGAGAGGGGGACCGUGAGGCCAUUGUAACAGCUCUCCUGACACGAACAUUCCGAGAUCACGUGAUGCUGUUCACCCAGACCAAGAAGCAGGCUCACCGUAUGCACAUCCUGCUGGGACUGAUGGGGCUGCGGGUCGGGGAGCUGCACGGGAACCUCUCUCAGGCACAGCGGCUGGAAUCACUCAGGCGCUUUAAGGAUGAGCAGAUUGAUAUCCUGGUAGCUACAGACGUGGCUGCACGUGGACUUGAUAUUGAAGGUGUUAAAACAGUGAGUAUUUGCAGUGCUGAGGUUUUUAAUGAUGCCUUUAACGUUGUUUCCCUGCUAACACCGUUUCUCUUACAGGUUAUCAAUUUUACCAUGCCCAACACCACCAAACACUAUGUCCAUCGUGUGGGUCGGACAGCCAGAGCAGGCAAGGCUGGGCGUUCAGUCUCACUUGUGGGUGAGGAGGAGCGCAAGAUGCUGAAGGAUAUUGUCAAGGCUGCUAAAACAGCAGUGAAGGCCAGAAUUCUCCCCCAAGAUGUCAUAUUAAAAUUUCGAGAGAAGAUUGAGAAUCUAGAGAAAGAUAUCUAUGCAGUUCUGUGCUUGGAGCGUGAGGAACGUGAGAUGCAGCAGUCAGAGGCCCAGAUCAAUAAGGCAAAGAAGCAGCUGGAGACAGGAAAAAAAGAGACUGGAGGUGAGAGUUUGGAGCGGAGCUGGUUCCAGACCCGUGAAGAGAGGAAGAAGGAGAAAUUGGCUAAAGCCCUGCAGGAAUUUGACCUAGCAUUGCGGGGGAAAAAGAAAAGGAAGAAAUUUAUGCAGGACACACAGAAAAAAGCCCAAAUGACUCCAGAGGAAAGGUCACAGUUUGAAAUCUUGAAAUCUCAAAUGUAUGCUGAGCGUCUGGCCAAGAGGAAUCGCCGAGCAAAGAGAGCCAGAGCCUUGCCAGAAGAGGAACCAGCAGCAGUACUAGCAGGCCCUAAGAAGAAGAAAAAAGUGUCUGUGUUUGAUGAAGAGCUGACCAACACCAGCAGGAAGGCUCUGAAGCAGUACCGUGCCGGCCCUUCGUUUGAGGAUCGAAAACGUCUGGGUAUUGCCCAGCGCAGGAAAGGAGGAAACUUCAAAUCCAAGUCCAGGUACAAGAGGAAGUAAGAAGUGUUGGCAGUUACCAGACAGGUAAUUUCAGACAUGCUCUGUACAGAGCCUGGAUUUCUUUGUACUGCAAGGAGACAACUUCAGUAAAGUUGAACGUUUUCUUCAAGGUCUGGAAUAGCUUUGGGAUAUUUGCCAAUACUUGGUUGAAGACCCUGUGUUAAAACAUCUGUAGCAGCCCAUGCAAUAAAGAAUUAUAUCUUUUUGGAGGUUUACUCUGUUUUAUAGCACAGCUGGAACACCUGAGAGCUGGGAUCUGUUACAUCUUUCUAUCAGACUUUUAGUUCAUGUAAGUUAAGUUGUCUUUAGGGCAAAAACUGAACAGUUCAUAUACUUCUGUGAUCUCAAUUAAUUAAUAGAGCUGAAAAGGAUUUCUGUUGUUGAGAGCCUAUUCUUGUAAUAGGAAAAAAAAGUUUUUCAGACUGUUACAAAGAUGGCUUUGGAGGUGACAGUCACAGGAAUUACAACAAAUCUCCAACAGGCUGCUAUCUGAAGGAAUUAUUAUGUCCAAGGUGGGCAGAGUGGGCAGCUUCCUCCUAACUCCCAAUGAAAGCAGCUGUAAGCUGAGGCAAAAUGGAAGACUAUAACCAGAAUGGGGGCUGCUGUAUUUUAUUGUAUAUAAUGAUAGGUUUGCUCAUCCUGGUUUUUGGUGUUGUCUUUUUACUAGAAGGAACGCAGAUCCUCCUAUAAAGACCAAACAGGUUUACUGCAGCCUUGAUGCAAAACAUCAUAAAUCACUAUUCUUAACCCAGGUUUGUUGUGAAUAAAGCAGGGACCAUUCUGAUCAAUAGGCCAUACUUAGUUUCAUUUAAAUGUUAAAUCUUUCUAGGAAUUUUUACCAUCUCCACUGUCCCAACCUUUUUUUUUUUCCCCAUCAGCCUUGGUAAAUGUCAAUGUUAUGGUUUAAUUCCCCUAAGGAACACAGACCAACUGUUUGUUUCUGAGCUGUCUAUACAAAUUGAGCUUUUUGCCUCAAACCUGCUCUUCUGGGAUGACCAUAGUGCACCAAUAAAAAAUAACAGCUACACUCCUGAAAUAAACAGACCAGUACAACAGUGA